UCCGUAUCGUUUUGUCCCUUAUGUUCUCUCCACUGUGUCGUCGCCUUGUGCCCCAACGUCGAGCAAGGGUUCGAACGUCGGACAACAUGGCUUCUCAGCAGGAGCAGCUGACCUUGCACGAAGCGCACCUAUCUGGCAACUCCUACAAGGUCCGACUCACUGCCUCGCUGCUGGGUAUCAGAAUUCACAAGCUCAUCGAUUACAACGUUCUGAAACAAGAGACACGGACGCCAGAAUACCUCGCCCGAGUCAACGCCAACGGACGUCUUCCCGUGCUGCAAGUCGGCAACGACACCUUCCUCCCGGAAAGCAAUGCUGCAUGCUACUACUUGGCCGACGACCCCGACAGCAAAGCAAAUUUAAUCCCCCGAGACCGGCUGGAGCACGCGCGCAUGCUGCAGUGGAUGUUUUUCGAGCAGUACUCUCACGAGCCAUGCAUUGCCGUCUUGAGAUUCUGGCGGACGAUGGUGGGCGUGGACAACCUGACCGAGACACAGAAGGCACAAAUUCCUGGGAAAGAAAAGCAGGCAGCGGAGGUGUUGGACGUCAUGGAGCACCAUCUUACUGGACGAGAGUGGUUUGUCGCGAAUCAUGUCAGUCUGGCCGAUGUCGUCUUGUUCGCUUAUACGCAUUGCCUGGAUGAGAGUGGGUUGGAUAUCUCCAAGUGGCCUGCUAUCGAGCGGUGGGUGGGGCGCGUCGAGGGCUUGGAGAGAUAUGUCAAGCUUGCAGAUUGAGCUCGCGGCUAGGAUGAACGUUCAUCGAUGAAAAUGUUCGCAGGUGGAUGUCGUCUUCCUCCCAAGCGUUAUGCUGCGAGGCAUCAUUGACUCGCAGCCAAGCGAUGGUUUUGAGAAUCUGCUGUCUGUGGCAAUGAAGGGAUAUCGGAGUGCAUGACCGAUCUUGUGCAAAGAGAUGUCCAUG